CCAAAUAACCACAUACACAUAACACAAACCAGUUUCUGACUGCCUGCAUGCCUUAACGCAGAGGUCACCACCCCUGUUCCUGGAGAUCUGCCUUCCUGAAGACUUUAGCUACAACCAUAAUUAUGUCCACCUGACCAUCUAAGGGUCCAGUGAUGUCCUUCAGGUAGGCCAACACCAGUCUGUCACAUGAUUUCAUGACCACAGAUAUCAAAGCAGCACUUCUGUAGUCAUUCAGUCCUCUGACCUUGGGUUUUCUUUAGGAGGGGGAUGAUGGUGGAGUAUUUGAAGUAUGAAGGGACUUUACACUGCUCCAGGUAUCUGUUGAAGAUCUGGGUGAAGAUGGGUGACAGUUGUUCAGCAGAGACCUUCAAACAGGCUGGUGAGAUGCUGUCUGGGCCUGGAGCUUUCCAGAUCUUCUGUUUCUGGAAGAGCUGGCAUACAUGCUCUUCACAGAUCCUAAGUGCGGGUUGUGUAGCGAGAGCGGGGGUAGCAGGGGGUGUUAAUGAUUGUGUGGUGGGAAGGUCAGAGCUGAAUCAUAGAAAUGAUUCUGGUCAUCAGCCAGUUAUUGAUUUGCAACAGAUAGAGGCAAUUGUGUCUUGUAGUUGGUGAGCCUUUCCAACUUGAUGCAGGGCCAUUGGCCGAAAACUGUUUUUUGGGGGGACAUUGUUCAGUGUGGUAGUGCUAGAUGUGGAGUUGCAGAUCCCGACAGACUUGGGCCUCCCAGUCAGAACAUCCAGGAUCCAGUUGCAGAGGGAGGUGUUUAAACCCAGCAGGCUCAGCUUUCAGUUGUUGUGGGAUGAUUGUGUUGAAUACUGAAGUGAAGCAUCCUUACGUAAUUGUCCUUUUUGUCUAGAUGGAUGGUAGCAGAUAUGGUGUCCUCUGUUGAGUGGUUGGGAUGGUAUUCAUACGGAUAUGGAUCCAGUGUGGUGGGAAGACUGCUCUUUGUGUUUCAAGAGUAGCUGCUCAAAGCACUUCAUGAUGAUGGGUAUGAGUGCAACAGGCUGGUAGUCAUUCAGGGAGGACACACAUGAUUUCUUCGGCACAAGGAUGAUGGUGGUCAUCUUGAAGCACACAGGGACAACUGAUUGGCUCAGGGAAAUGUUGAAGAUGUCUGUGGAGACAUCUACAAACUAAGCAGCACCUGCCCUGAGCACCUAGCCAGAUGUCUGCCACGCACAUUUUAAUGCACACUUCAGCUACUUCAGCCACCACUGCCUCUGAGCAGAAUGCACAAACCACUUUUUCCAUAGGCCACUUUGGCAAGGAGCAGAUCCGCAUCAUCGAUGGGCCAUCUAACCACUGUGUGGCUCAUGCAAAGCUCUCUGGGAUGAGGGAAGUAGUCCAAGGGUCUAGCAGCCCCAGUCCCCACCUUUCUGUUUCACCAGUCAACAGCGAGGAGGAUGAUGGAGGAGGUGGGCCCAGGGUGAGGAAAAAACGGAAAAAAAAAGACAAGAAAGACACAAGAGAGGACAGAGAGUGCAACAAUAGACCAAAGAAAAAGAAGGUACAGAAAGAAGGGAAGGGGCUGCUCCUGAAGAAAUCAAAAGCACUGAACGAGCUAAAAGAGACAAAGAAGGUGGAGGGGAAGGUAGUAAAGGAUCCUAAAAAGGUCAAGAAAGUUCAAGAGGUCAAGUCAAAAACACAGGGAAAGGAUGUGACCGCCCCACCAAGGCAGCGUGGGAGGAAGCCGAAAGAGCAGAGUGUUGUCCCCCUGGAGAAAAGGAAAAAAGGGAAGCGGAAAAGUGAUGCAUUGCAAGAGGCCGCUGAGAGUGAUGAUACUGCCUCACUCUGUACACUGGCUACAGGAGGAGAAGAAAGCACAGACCCUAUGGACAACACUAAGAGGAGAUCAGGUCGUCAGGUGAAGCGUAGGAAGUACAAUGAAGAUCUAGAUUUUAAAGUUGUGGAUGAUGAUGGUGAGACCAUUGCUGUGUUAGGAGCAGAGCGAAUUCCCGCUCUCUCCUCCUCUACCCUAGCUUGGCAAGCAGAGGAACCCCCUGAAGAUGAAGCCAACAUCAUUGAAAAGAUUCUCUCUGUGCGGACUAUUAAGAAGGAGACAUUCCAUGGAGAACCAGUUGAAGAGUCAGAAGAGUUUUAUGUGAAGUACAGAAAUUUUUCCUACCUUCACUGUAAAUGGGCAACAUUGGAGGAGCUGGAAAAGGACCCUCGCAUUCACCAAAAAAUCAAGCGCUUCAGGAACAAACACGCACAGAUGAAGCACAUUUUCUCAGAGCUGGAUGAAGACCUCUUUAAUCCAGACUAUGUUGAAGUAGAUCGGGUUUUGGAGAUUGCGAUCACCACAGACACAGAAACUGGAGAGGAGGUGACACACUACCUUGUAAAGUGGUGUUCUCUGUCCUAUGAGGAAAGCACUUGGGAACUGCAGGAGGAUGUAGACCCUGUGAAGAUUCGUGAGUUUGAGGAGCUCAGGAAAAUACCAGAACUCACGUCUGUUGAAAGGCCUUCACCAGAGCAAUGGCAGAAGCUUGAACAUUCUCGUGAAUACAGAAAUGGCAACCAACUCAGAGAAUACCAGCUAGAAGGCAUGAAUUGGCUUCUUUUCAAUUGGUACAAUAGGAAAAAUUGUAUCCUAGCUGAUGAAAUGGGCCUUGGAAAAACCAUCCAGUCCAUAACAUUCCUCUAUGAGAUCUUCCUUAUGGGUUUGAGAGGUCCCUUCCUAAUCAUCGCUCCUCUCUCAACCAUUACAAACUGGGAGAGAGAGUUCCGCACAUGGACGGAGAUUAAUGUAAUUGUUUAUCAUGGUAGCCAGAUCAGCCGCCAGAUGAUCCUGCAGUACGAGAUGUAUCACAGAGAUGAACAGGGAAACAUAAUGCCUGGCGUGUUUAAGUUUCAUGGUAUAAUUACCACAUUUGAGAUGAUCAUGGCUGAUUGCCCUGAACUGAAAAAGGUUAACUGGCGCUGUGUGGUGAUUGACGAAGCUCAUCGACUGAAGAAUCGUAACUGUAAACUGCUGGAAGGACUCAAACUCAUGAACUUGGAGCAUAAAGUACUCCUUACAGGUACACCUCUACAGAACUCUGUGGAGGAACUCUUCAGUCUGCUCAACUUCCUGGAGCCAGUGCAGUUUCCCUCAGAGAGCACUUUCCUUGAGGAGUUCGGAGAUCUAAAAACAGAGGAGCAGGUUAAGAAGCUUCAAGCAAUUUUGAAGCCCAUGAUGUUGAGGCGGCUGAAGGAUGAUGUGGAGAAGAACUUGGCCCCCAAAGAAGAAACCAUCAUUGAGGUGGAACUCACUAAUAUCCAGAAGAAAUAUUACCGGGCCAUCUUGGAGAAAAACUUUACCUUUCUGGCAAAGGGAGCCAACCAGCAUAAUAUGCCAAACCUAAUCAACACUAUGAUGGAGCUACGCAAGUGCUGCAACCAUCCAUAUCUCAUCACAGGUGCUGAAGAAAAGAUUCUGGAUAGCUUUAGGAAAACCCACAAUCCUGAUGCACCAGAUUUCCAGCUCCAGGCUAUGAUUCAGGCGGCUGGUAAAUUGGUGCUUAUUGACAAGCUGCUCCCCAAACUCAUUGCUGGGGGACAUAAAGUGUUGGUGUUCUCCCAGAUGGUUCGGUGCCUAGAUAUACUAGAGGACUACCUCAUUCAGAGAAGGUACACAUAUGAGCGUAUUGAUGGGAGAGUCAGAGGGAAUCUGCGACAAGCGGCUAUUGAUAGAUUUUGUAAGGUGGAUUCGGACCGCUUUGUCUUCCUGCUGUGCACAAGAGCUGGGGGGCUGGGAAUCAACCUCACCGCUGCAGAUACUUGCAUCAUAUUCGACUCUGACUGGAACCCACAGAACGACCUACAGGCUCAAGCUCGCUGUCAUCGGAUUGGCCAGAGCAAAGCUGUGAAGGUUUAUCGUCUUAUUACACGCAAUUCGUAUGAGAGGGAGAUGUUUGACAAAGCCAGUCUAAAGCUGGGACUGGACAAAGCUGUUCUACAGGAUAUCAACCGCAAAGGCAGUUUAAAUGGGGUACAGCAGCUGUCUAAGAUGGAAGUGGAAGAUCUCUUGAGGAAAGGUGCAUAUGGUGCCCUUAUGGACGAGGAAGACGAAGGCUCAAAGUUCUGUGAAGAAGAUAUUGAUCAGAUUCUGCAACGCCGCACUCAGACCAUCACCAUUCAGUCUGAAGGGAAGGGAUCCACAUUUGCUAAGGCCAGCUUUGUUUCCUCUGGAAACCGAACUGACAUCUCUCUGGAUGACCCGAACUUCUGGCAGAAAUGGGCAAAAAUCGCUGAGCUGGAGAUUGACUCAAAGGAAGAGAAGGAGAGUCUUGUGAUUGAUACACCUCGUGUGCGGAAACAAACACGACACUACAACUCAUUUGAGGAUGAUGAGCUGAUGGAGUUCUCAGAGCUAGACAGUGACUCAGAGGAGCGUCCUUGUCGUUCACGACGCCUUGGCGAGCGCAACAAGCGAUAUCUUCGAGCAGAAUGCUUCAGAGUGGAGAAGAACCUGCUUAUAUUCGGGUGGGGGCGGUGGAAGGACAUACUGAAUCAUGGACGUUUUAAGUGGCACCUUACAGAAAGAGAUGUGGAAGUCCUGUGCAGAGCACUGCUUGCCUACUGUGUACGUCACUACAGAGGUGACGACAAGAUCAAAAGCUUCAUCUGGGACUUAAUCACACCCACCAAGGAUGGGCACAAUCAAGCACUCCAUAACCACUCAGGACUGUCUGUUCCUGUACCCCGGGGACGCAAGGGUAAGAAACUAAAGAACCAGUUAAGUCCUCCUGAGCUAAAGAAUGCUGACUGGCUAGUCCACUGUAACCCCGAAGUAGUACUCCAGGAUGACAGCUACAAGAAACACCUCAAACAGCACUGUAACAAGGUACUGCUGAGGGUGCGGAUGCUGUAUUACCUUAAAGCAGAGGUACUCGGGGAGGCUGCCAAUCAGGCUCUAGAAGGAGUCUCAUCCAGUAAAUUAGAGGUGGCCCUGCCAGAAGUUGACUACAUGGAAAUCCCUACUGGUUGGUGGGAUGCAGAGGCAGAUAAGUCUCUGCUUAUUGGAGUACACAAACAUGGGUAUGAGAGGUACAAUGCCAUGCGUGCAGAUCCUCAGCUCUGUUUCUUAGAGCGGGUGGGAAUGCCAGAUGUCAUCGCACUUACAGCAGAGCAGAGUGGUGCUGAGGUUGCCCCCGAUGUACAUGACAGUGUAAGUAAGAGCGAUGAUAUAAAAGAAGAAGUAGAUGGUAAGCCAGAGGGAAUGGAAGACAAAGAAAAGCAAAAGCAGACAAACUCUUUCUCAGAGGACACAGAGAAACAUGACAGUUCUCUUGGAGUGACUCGUCCGGACGGAUUAUCUGAGGAGGUAGUGGAGCAAGGUCAGGCACUAUGGCCAACAGCAUCUGCUCUUACAGCAAGAUUACGACGACUUAUUACUGCCUAUCAGCGCUACACACGCCGUGAACCAUUUCGUCAUGAAAUUCUUGGGCAAGAGGGCAUUGGUCCUGUUGCCUGGCAACUGGGUGAGGAGCUACGACGCUGUAUGACAAAUUCUGAUCCACUUUUCCUUGAGUGGCAAAGAAGGUGGACACGCCGUGAACAGGCUGAUUUCUACCGUACUGUGUCCUCAUUCGGGGUGGUAUAUGACCCAGAGAAGAAGGUUUUUGACUGGCGCCAGUUCCGUAUCUUUGCUCGUUUAGAGAGAAAAACAGAUGAAAGUUUGGAGAGAUAUUUUUGGAGCUUUGUGUCUAUGUGUCGUACUGCCUGCAGGCUGCCCCCAAGGAAAGAUGAAGGUCUGGUUGACCCCACUCUAUGUAUAGAACCCAUUACUGAAGAACGAGCUGCUCGUACAUUGUACCGCAUUGAGCUCAUGCGAAAGGUUCGUGAGCAGGUGUUGAAUCACCCACUCCUAGAGGAGCGGCUGAAGCUGUGUCGUCCUAGUCUUUACUUGCCUGUUUGGUGGGAAUGUGGCAAACAUGACCGUGAUCUUCUCAACGGUGUAGCCAAGCAUGGCCUUAGCCGCACUGACUUCUACAUAUUGAAUGAUUCACAUUUGUCUUUCUUGGAGACCUACCGUAACUACGUCCAGAAAGAAAACCAUGGCAACCCAGUGUCAAGCUUGCCCCCUCAACACUGCUAUCUGGGUCACUGCCAUUCUCCUCAACCCACAGAGUAUCAUCAUACCCUCUUUCACUCCACACAAAUACACCAGCACAUGCAUGCACAUGGACACCACCAAGCCUCAGAAGUAGCAGCAGCAUCGGAAUCAGAAAGCACUUUAACUAUGCCUGCAAACUCCAGGGAAAGCUUCUUGGAUUGCCCCACAAUUAAUGACUCUUUGGAUCUUGGGUCUUUACAGCAUGAAGGCUUGGCCUCUGGCUCCCUUCAUAGCAAAACUAGCAAAGAGCCCUUCAAUGGAUUUCCCUUUAAUUCCACCUCAGCUGGUCAGAGUAUGUUAAAUUCAUAUGAUGUACAAGGGACACAAGGAGACAUGACUGACUCUAUAGAUGGGAAACUUCGAAAUGACGUUCUUGUGGGAGAACAGGGGUCUUCAGAGGAGACUGGGUUAAUGGCCCCUUCAGUGGAACUAAAUGAACUUCAGACCCCUUGGGGAAGCUCAGAUCAUGCUGAAACAACUGAUAUUUUCAAUGAAGGUGAUCCUAUUUUGGGGGAACCUUCACUGGAAACAGAAUUCCUGGAUCAUGCUCAGUCUGAAGAUGGACAGGAACGGGAGGAUCCACUUACAGGCUGUUUAAGCAUUCCCAGUUCUGACUCACAGAGUGACCAUGUAGAACCACUAGCACCAAGCUUCAUGUUGUUCAAGGAUCUAAAUACUGGAGAGACUUCCAUGGAACAGCCAGAUUUAUCUGCCAGUCCACCUGAAUAUGUUGCUCCACAACCUCUUGCACUUUCAGAUGUAGGUAUUGACCAAGCAGGGUCCAUUGGUGAAGAGCUAGAAACAAAGCUGUGUGAUUCUGACAUCAUACAUUGUAACCCUAGUUCAGAAGAUCGAGCAGAACAUGUGGAAUAUCAGUUUAAGAAAGAGGAAACUUCCGAAGGUGGCCAUAGUAAUUUGGAAACUGAUCAGAAGCUAAAGGAAAUUGAAAACAAAGCAAAUAGUGUGCCCUCUUUAGAAACUUUGAUGGAAAAUCACUUGGAGCCCCUGAAGGUAGAGUGUGACAUGCCAAGUGAGGAUCACCUGAAGGAUCAUUGUCAAGUGUACUUGGAAGAAUCUUGUGAAAAACUCCUAAUGGAGCCAGAUAAAGUGCCCUUAACAGAACCUUUUGAUAUACCAUGCAAAGCAACCCUGGAGGAACUACUUGAAGGAUCCUCCCAUGAUCCAAGUGAAAAAUUGUUGGUAAAAGAAGCUUCUGGAAAACCCCUUGAAAAUUCUUUAGAACUAGUAGAGAAUAGUCCUGCCAACACCACAAUCUCCUCCCACACUUUGCCUUCUUCAUUUCCUUUGUUUACCACCUUUCCCACCCCAGCACCAGACCACUGUGUGUUCCCAGACCCUGAGGCUGACCAUGACAUAAAACAGGAGUUACUCUUGGGUUCAAUAGAGUCAGAGGUCAAACCCAAACCCGACAGCACCACACUGACCCCACACCUGGAACAGGCUGCUGAUAUGGAAGUGAAGGUUGAGAUGAAGGAAGGGGAAACAAAGACAACAGCUUUAUUGGGAGAUAGUUUUGUUGAGGCAACACAGUUUGAUCCAUCCAUAUGCGAGGUGGCAGGCAGUCUUCAUGAUCCAAAGGAGCCAACCAUUGCUCGGCUGCUACAAGAGAAACCUCAUUACUCAUUCUCCGAGUGGCCCAAGGACAGAGUUAUCAUCAACCGCAUUGACAGUAUUUGUCAAGCCAUCUUAAAGGGGAAGUGGCCUUCCCCUAGUCAUCAGUAUGAAUCUCCCAACUCAGUCAUUAACACCUGCAUGUCCAACAGUGCCCAGCUAAGAGCAGGGUUUUUACCAGCAAGAAUACCUCUACCUCAAGACCUUAACUUAAACAUUCCACACUCAAUACCACAUAUACACAAGGAACGGUUAGUAACACCUGCAUUUCUUUCUGAACUCAAGCGUUCUAAGUGUCGGUUUGAGUUUAACACGGAGGUUCCUGUUAAACCAAUCGAUCUUGGAGAAAAAAUCCAACUUGGCAUCCCCCACCAUGGUGGUACCCUCCUCCUAAAUGGUUGGCAAGAAGCUGCCAUGGAUCUGUCUAACCCAGCUGAAAUUGCAUUUAGUAGGGAGGCUGAAUCUAUGAGGCAUGUGACCCAUGCUGUUCAAUCAGCACCUCACAAGAUGCCUAACCUGAGCUCCAUGGAGGGCUUAAUGGGAUUGGACAUGGCGGGUAUUCUGCAAGCAGGACUUGUACACCCUGUUACAGGGCAGAUUGUUAAUGGCAGCCUUCGCCGUGACGAUUCAAUAAUGAGGAGGAGGAGAGGUCGAAGGAGAAAUGUGGAAACACUUGACCUUGGAUUAAUGAAGGAACAAGACAUAAACUUAACUAAAGGGAAGGGGCAGCCAGAGACCGUCAACCACCCCAUUGUGUCCUCCACCUCCUCUCAGCCUGACUGCCUCACCCAUCCAACUUCUGCCCCCCCUCCCUCAGAGUCAUUGACCAUGAGUUUUGACAGAGAGGCAGCCAGUAAAGGCCUGAUGGAAUGGCUCAGACAGAACCCAAGCUACAGAAUGGAGCUUCCUGCUUUUUCAAUGUCUCAGACUGCAAGCAUGUUGCACAGUUUUGCUGAACGUCCGAAGCAGAGGAGACAUCGUUGUAAAGACCCUACCAAGUUGGAUGUGAAUUCCCUGACUGGUGAGGAGAGAGUCCCAGUAGUGCACAGGAACACAGGUCGCAGGCUGGGUGGUGCAAUGGCCCCAGCCAUAAAGGAGCUUUCUCAAUGGCUAGAUGCAAACUUAGAAUAUUUUGUGGCUCCUGACUGGGCAGAUGUGGUGAAGCAUUCAGGUUUCCUCCCAGAAGGAAAGUUCACCCGGAUUCUCACUGAGCCAGUGAAUCGAGAUACUAGCACACGUCGUAGAGGCAGAAGACCUCGCAGUGAGAUGCCCAAAGCUCCUGAGCUUCCUGCUGGCAUUGGACCACUCUUUAUGAAUGAUGGGCUUAUUGGCAUGGACUUGGUUAACUUACCCAACCUCCGCAAUGUCCCUGGUAUUCCGAUAAGCGGGCUCAUGGGCUUUCCACCUGGUUUGGCUACAUCCCUACAGGGAGAAGAUACUAAGAAUGGCCUGAGUAUGCUACCUAUGAUGCUCCAUAGUAUGUCAACAGUGCAACCACCCAUGUAUGGCACUCAUUUAAGUGGAAUGAUAAACCAGUCACUAUCUGCUACAGCCUCCACAGUAACCACAGCUGCCAGCUCCUCCAGCACGGCAACAGUGACUUCCAUAUCCUCUGCCACUGUGGCCUUAAGCCCUAGCCCUGCAGUCAGCUCCAGCACAGCAACUUCUAAAGAGAGAGCCAGCCCUGAGCCUAGUACUGAGAGACGGAGUAUGGAUGAGCGAACGUUAGGAGAGAAUGAGAAACAAAUGUUACCUGCUGUUCCCAGUCCCACUGUUACUAGCAGUUCUGCUAGCAUUACAAGCAGUGGGAGCCAUUUGACCUUCAACCCAUUUUUGAUCCCAGGAAUGCCUCAUGGAUUACUUUAUCCUCAUAUGUUCCUGCCACAUGGCAGUAUUAUGGCACUUCCAUCAGCAUCAGAUAGCACUGGCAUUACUAAGCAGAAGAAAAAGAAAAUUAGGGAUGAAGGAAGGGUGGAAGAAGACAGUGGUUUAUUGGAGGUACAGGAUGGGGAGAUGAAGGGGACGGGGGAUAUAGAGACACUGGAGAGUAAUCAUAAAGAGGGCAGGCUGGAAGAAUCUUUGCCAGCUGUGGACACCAGUAAGGUAACAAGUAAUGAUGAUAGUGAUCCUUCACCUGUGGUCAACACAGCCAAAGCAGUAGAGGAAAUAAAAGGAGAGGUAGAGAAAACAGUAGAGUGCAGCAUGCCUGUGCCAAAAGAUGAUGACUUGGAUGUAACGCAGGAUGUGUAGUAGACUCUGCUCUCCAGUGAGCAACAGUAUCUGUAUGUGUUGUGCUGGUAAAAGUUUGUGUGAAGAGAUUUGAUUAUCAACUUCUUAAUGUUUAUAGAUCUGCUGCAUAUUCAAAACAGGUGAAUUCUUUGACAUACCCCUUUCAUGGGUUUGCUGAAAUAACCAUAAAGUAAUAGCAUGCACACACUUGCAUUUCAGUACCACAAAAAUACCCAAUAAAUAUCACCUUGAAUGUGAAGAUGUCACUCUUGCAUCAUGGAAAUGGGUCCUGAGGUCACCUGACCUGUUCUGGUUGUGUAUGGCACACUUAGCUCAGUGUUAGAAGUGACAAAGGACGUCAUCAAAAUGAUCCUGUUUUUUGUUUUUGUUUUUUUCUCCCCUCCCUACAAGAGAUAAUCUGCACACAGAAAGUCAGAAAAUGGCUGCAGUUGAUGACAGGUGUUGUGAAUGACAUGACAGUCUUGUCUUUAAUUUAUGGUGCUUACAGGGUUUUCGGGGGGAAAACAUGCUCCUUUGCUUACAAAAUGAAUUGAUUAGAUUAUUCAUAGAAAUACUUGUAAACAUUUCACAUUUGUAUUAAAUGCCUACCCCUCAUGGGUGGAUUAUUAGCAGAAUUGCUGCUGUUACUCUUAUGAUGGACAACACUAGUUGCACAUCACUAGUUGCAUGCUGUUAAAUUCUAGGAGCAAAACAUUUAAGAAUAAGUAGAAAGCUCUAAAUAAAUACAACGUCCAAAAUGAGUGCAGUUGAACCAUAAGAAUAGAGAAUAAAACAGUGCUUAACAUUUAUAACGAAGAACAAUCCAGAAAUUUGGGGGGGAGGGCAUGGAGGUGGAAUAUAUUUUCACAGUGUCAUUUUGAAAUAAAGCCCUUUCCUUCUAACACUCCAGAGAUGGAAUAUGCCACAAGAAUUAUUUCAAGUAAGUGCAGAAUGACCUUUGAUUUGACAAGGUGUCAUUAGGAUUUCAAAUGUGGAUUCCAAGUGAAUCUUAGUGUAUGUAUGGGGCCAUUGGGUGAAGAUUGUGUUUGAACAUCUCAUUCAUCUAAACACUAUUAGUGAAAUUAAUAUUUCAUUGCUAAUUGAUAUCAUUGCUCUGUUUUGUCAUACAUGUAGAGUAAAAAAGGCCCAGCAUUGAUGAGAAACUGUUUCUGGGCCAGAAGGCCUUGCUUAAAUGCUUUUGUCUGACCUGAUACAUCUGAAAAUAGUGUAGAGUAGCAUCUGUCAAGAUUUUUUUAAAACAUGUAAAUUUAUAUAGCUGUAUAUUGCUGUUACUUUUGUUUAAAAGCACACUAUUUUUAUUGUCAUUGUCAUUGGGAGAAACUGUAAAUCAGUGCUAGUAUUUCUUGUAUCUACCCAUAUUGUACACUAGAUGGACACCCAAGACUUUUUGUUGACACAUUUUUCUCUCCAAAUCUCACAGCAGGGUUUUUUUUUGUUUUGUUUUUUAAGUUCCUUAGGUUGUAUUAGUUUUCUAUGCCUAACAUUCUUGAAUUCACUUUCUUAACAUUGUUUGGGAUGUGAAAACAUUUUGCACGGUCCUUAUGGUGAAUAUUUAUCUGGAACUGUAUUCUGUCUCUCAUGCGUUCUUAUUUCUUCUGUUUAUUGUAUAGACGUUUGUUUGUGUGGACAUAUGUACAUACAUGUCUGCUCCUGCAGGGGACAGUUUUCAUCCAUGUAAACCUGAACAUUAUAUUUCUCAUCUAUAACCAGCCUUCUUUUUGUGUUACAUUUUUUGUUGCUUUGUCACUUCUUAGAACUCUGUACUAUCUUUUUUUUUUUCCUUUUUUUCCCCUUACCAAUCAACAAAUAUAAAUGCUAUUUCAUUAGAGAUUUCUUUCAUUUAUCCAGUUUAUUAAAAAUACAUUUGGUUUAUUUAGCAUUUUAAAUUGGCUUACUUAGUGUUUCAUUCAUAGUAUUUGUUACAUAUACAUUUUAAACUGUAUAUGUUAAGGUGUCUGUGUUUUGGAAUGGGAACCACUCUUACUUCCCUAACAAAAGCUUCUGCGCAUGCAUAAAUUCAGAUUCCUAUAAUAAUUAUUCCAUGGUCACAGAAAAUAGUAAUUUCUGAUUGGCUGGAAUCUGUGCAUUCAUUCCAUAUAUAGGGACAUUUCUGAAAUAGACCUGCUAAAAUACUUAAUCACAUUUCUAUAUCAACACUACAAAAACACCACAAAAAAAUCAGUCAAAUUGUCUAGACUUGUAUUUAAGCAACACUGUCUCUAUCCUGAUGCAAAAAAAGAUCUAUCUAAAAAUAACAAUAACCAUCAGACUAUUACUAAAUGGAAAUGUUUAACAUUUAUUACCUGUCUGCUAUGUGCACUGCUGUCAGUGCACUAUAGGCCAAAAUGUUGAGUAAAGUCUGUGCUUAUUGAUUUUAAGUCUAAUUGUAUCGUUUGAUUUCCUCAAUUAUAUAUGUUAUCAGCUAAUCUUAAUGUUGCAGCUGAAUUGGCCUAAUUUUAAAUAUGGAAGAAAUAAACAUUUAUACAGUCCCCUCUGAAAGUAUUGGAACAGCAAGGACAGUUCUUUCCUUUUUGCUAUACACUGAAGAUAUACUGAAGGGUUUGAGAUCAAAAGAUGAAUAUGAGAUGAUGGAUCAGCAUGUCUAGAUGUGUUAAAUAACUUGGAGCAUAGAACCUUUGGUGGCAGACCACCCAAUUUGUUGGUGAGUAAAAGUAUAGGAACAGAGUCUUAAAGUAAAUAAGUAAAUUACAGUUGGUGUUUUGGGGAUUUUCUCCCUUCAGUCUCCUCUUCAGGAGGUGAAAUGCAUGCUCAAUUGGGUUUAGGUCUAGUGAUUGAUUUGGCCAGUCUAAAACCUUCCACUUUUUUUCCCCCUGAUGAAGUUAUUUGUUGUGUUGGCAGUGUCUUUUGGGUCAUUGAUUUGCUGCAUGAUGAAGUUCCUCUCAAUUAGGUUGGAUGUAUUUCUCUGUAAAUUGGAAGACUUGAUGUUUCUGUAGACUUCUGAAUUCAUUCUGCUGCUACCAUCAUGAGUUACAUUGCCACUAAAGAUUAGUUAGCCUGUUAAAGAAGCAGCCAUGCAAGCCCAAGCCAUGACACUACCUCCACCAUGCUUUCCUUGAUCAUGAGGAGAUCCUUUCUUUCUCCACAUUUUGGCCUUUCCAGCACUUUGUUAGAGGCUCAUCUUUGUAUUUCUUUGAGAAUACCAAUCUGGCCUUCAGAUUCUUACUGCUGAUGAGUGGUUUGCAUCUUGUGGUAUGGCCUCUCUAUUACUGCUCUAAGUCUUCUUGGGAUUGUAAUGCCCUUUGGAUGCUGUUGAUGAUGUCACUGUUGUUUUGGGGUUUUUCUUCACAGCUCUCUGUCAACUGCUGUUGUUUUCUGGUUGUUAAUAGUUCUACUUGUUAAUAGUUCAGUGGUUUCUUUCUAUUUCAGGACAUUCAAAAUUGUUGUACUGGCUAUGCCCCAAUGCUUGUGCAAUGGCUGUGAUCAAUAUUCCCUCUUUUCUGAGCUUCAAAAUGGCUUGGUUUUGUCCCAUUAACAGGUUUCUGGUCUACAUGGUGGUUUAUCCUUUUUGAUAACAAAUGCAGUCUUAACAGGUGAAACCCAGGCCACAAGCCACAUCUGUGCACCUGUCUGACAGUCGUGUUCCAAUAUUUUUGAUUACUUAAAGUCAGUGGGUUCAAACAAAAGCUGUCAUGUUUAACACACCUAUAUGUAGAUAUAAGGAAGUGAAAGCUGAAAUUUGGAUCUAUCUUAUAUUCUAUCUUUUGAUCUAAAACCCAAAUGUUUUAGGUGUAUAACAAAAAGAAAAUUAUUGGUCUUGCCGUUCCAGUACUUUCAGAGUGGACUAUAUGUUAGUGUGUGGAAUUGAUCAUAGAAACGAAUGAAAGAGUGCAGUAUUCUAUACACUUCAGUAUUCCAUGCACUUGAUCUUUUCCUGCUAAUACAUGCUAAUUCUAAUUCUAGCUAAUAAUCUAAUUAAUGCUAAUUCUAUUAAUACAUACUUGACAGUAUGUAUUAAACAUAAAAUGGUAUUAUUGUCAAUUUACUCCUUUUCCCAACAGAACCAUUUAAAAAAAAAAACACACACACACACACUGUGAUGAAAAUCUCUGUACACAGUGUCAGAAUGAUGAACAUUACUGGAGGGGAAGCACUAGAGAUGCAAAUGCCAUGGGGUGGGGACCAAAGAUUUGAUCCCCUGAAACAGUUUUGUAAAGCACAAUAUACCAUCAUGUAUCUUUUUAAGCUUUGCUUUAUGGAUUCAUUUAAUUAGACCUUUUCUUAGAAAUGUCAGAAAAGCAGAAUAUAUACACAAUUUUUUUUUUUUAUGUUUGUAGUCAUUUGUGUUGAUUUUCUACAAUUCACAAUUUGUUUGAAAGCAUACAGAUUUGCACGCUGUCAAAAAAAAAAAAAACUUCUAUACAAUUAAACAAAUCAGAAAAAAAUAUGCAAUAUAUGGGUCCAGACUUAAGGUCUAAUUUUUAUGUUAUGGUAAUACUAAGAUGUGUUUUCAUUAUCCUCUCUUUGUUGAUAUUUAUCAAAUAGUCAGCUUUUAUUAAUUAUUAUUGUUUGUUGUAAUCCAUAGUCUUGCCUGUUGUUGUGUUUGUGUAUUCCAAUAUGUACAUAAAAAUAUCCAGUCGAGA